UUAAUUCCAUAAUAACCACUAGCCAGCCAAUAGCCAUACUGAAACAAAUCAAAAACUCUGUUUCAUCAGUUCUAUAUAUUCUCCUCUUUUUACAUCCAAAGCUCUCACAAAAUAUUCUCUUCCCACAAACACAAAAAUGAGUGGAGGCCUCAGCAACCCCACCUCCACUCUCUUCAUUUUCUGCUUCUUUCUUAUUGCAAUAUCUGUUCAAGCUCGUCCCCCAUUUGCCUGUGACCCAAGAGAUAGGGCUACCAAAAAUUUUCCUUUUUGUCAAACCAAUUUGGCAAUUGGUGAUAGAGUAAGGGACCUCGUUGGGAGGUUAACAUUGCAAGAGAAAGUGAAAUUGUUGGGCAACACUGCUGCAGCUGUGCCGAGGCUAGGAAUUAAAGGCUAUGAGUGGUGGUCGGAGGCACUACAUGGAGUGUCAAAUGUAGGACCAGGGACUAAGUUUGGAGGUGAUUUUCCAGGAGCCACCAGCUUCCCUCAAGUCAUUACUACUGCUGCUUCUUUCAACGCUUCCUUGUGGGAAGAAAUUGGACGGGUAGUAUCAGAUGAAGGAAGAGCAAUGUACAAUGGAGAUAUGGGAGGUCUGACAUAUUGGAGCCCAAACGUGAACAUAUUUAGAGACCCAAGGUGGGGCCGGGGACAGGAGACUCCCGGUGAGGAUCCAGUGGUGGCCGGUAUAUACGCUGAGCGCUACGUGAGAGGGUUACAGGGAAAUGAGGAAGGUGACCGGCUGAAAGUAGCGGCAUGUUGCAAGCACUACACUGCUUACGAUCUUGAUAACUGGAGUGGGGUCGAUAGAUUCCACUUUAAUGCUAAGGUUAGCAAGCAAGACAUGGAAGAUACAUUCGACGUACCAUUUAGAAGUUGUGUUAGAGAAGGUAAGGUGGCUAGUGUAAUGUGCUCUUACAAUCAAGUCAAUGGCAUACCUACUUGUGCUGAUCCAGAACUUCUUCGCAAAACCAUACGCGGCGGUUGGGGUCUCAACGGCUACAUUGUCUCCGACUGUGACUCCGUCGGAGUUUUCUACGAAAAUCAACACUACACAUCAACACCUGAGGAAGCUGCUGCUGAUGCUAUCCAAGCGGGCCUUGAUUUGGACUGUGGGCCUUUUCUGGCCCAACAUACUGAAACUGCAGUGCAAAGCGGUAUCCUUAAAGAGGCUUCUAUAGAUACCAAUUUAGCUAAUACAGUUGCUGUUCAGAUGAGGCUUGGAAUGUUUGAUGGAGAAACAUCAGCCCAACCUUAUGGAAACCUUGGCCCAAGAGAUGUUUGCAGCCCGGCCCACCAAGAACUCGCCCUUGAAGCUGCUAGACAGGGCAUUGUUCUUCUCAAGAAUCAUGGGCCUGCUCUUCCUCUUUCUCCUCGACACCAUCCUACUGUUGCUGUCAUUGGACCUAAUUCCGAUGUUACCGUCACAAUGAUUGGAAAUUACGCAGGUGUUGCAUGUGGAUACACAAGCCCAUUACAAGGAAUAGCCAAGUAUGCAAAGACCAUUCACCAACAAGGUUGUGGUGAUGUAGCUUGCUCUGAUGAUAGACUAUUUCCUGGAGCUGUAGAUGCUGCACGUCAAGCGGACGCAACGGUGCUAGUAAUGGGCCUGGACCAAUCUAUAGAGGCUGAAUUCAGAGACAGAACUGGGCUGCUUUUGCCUGGGUUCCAACAAGAUCUCAUUUCCCAAGUAUCCAAGGCCUCGAGAGGUCCUGUUAUAUUGGUCCUUAUGUCUGGAGGCCCAGUUGAUGUUACAUUUGCUGAGAAGGAUCCACGAAUUAGUGGUAUUGUUUGGGUUGGUUAUCCUGGACAAGCUGGUGGUGCUGCCAUUGCUGAUGUCCUUUUUGGAGCCCAUAAUCCAGGUGGGAAGCUGCCAAUGACAUGGUACCCACAGGAGUACCUAAACAAUUUACCAAUGACAACAAUGGACAUGCGUGCAAACUUAGCCAAAGGUUACCCUGGAAGAACUUACCGUUUCUACAAAGGUCCAUUAGUCUACCCAUUUGGGCAUGGAUUAAGCUACACUAAAUUCAUAAACACAAUUGCUGAAGCUCCAAACAUGUUAGCAAUUCCAAUAUUUGGUCGCCAUGCUUCCAACACCACAAUCACAACAAGCAAGGCAAUCAGAGUAACACAUGCAAAAUGCAGCAAGUUAUCAAUUCAAGUUCAUAUCGACGUGAAGAACGUAGGAUCAAAGGACGGUACGCAAACAUUGCUCGUAUUUUCAAAGCCGCCCAUUGGACUUUGGGCGCCACAUAAACAAUUGGUCGCGUUUCAAAAAGUGCAUGUCCCGGCGGGGUCGCUGCAACGAGUGGCGAUAAAUAUUCAUGUUUGCAAGUAUUUAAGUGUGGUAGAUAAGGCUGGUGUUCGAAGAAUUCCUAUAGGUGAACACAGUCUUCAUAUUGGUGAUGCUAAGCAUUCCUUGUCACUUCAAGCAUCAGUUCUUGGUGUUAUUAAAUCUUGAUUUUUUUUUUAUUUUGUACAAUCUCCACGUAAAGAUGUCUUUGCGUUUAAAGGAGAUUAUUAUUCCCUAUAGUAAUUCUUAUUCAACAAGGGGAUAAGCAUUAAGCACAAAUUUGAUUUUAUUUAGAGAAGAAGAAAGAGGAUAUAUCACUGUUUGGAAAAUUGUACUAACUUUCAGUUGAAACAAAUGGGUAUCCAAUAUUCCAAAGCUUCUUCCAGCA